CUUCCGCCCGCAGCGUGUCUGUGGAAACAGAAAGAGCUGGAUGUAAUGUGACACUGGAGCCGAGAGAUCAUGAGAGAACACACCACACUUCAGCAGCGCCGCGGAUAAUAUCACUCCUCCACCGGCGGGAUUUAACCGGUCAGAUGAGCAACUGAUGGAUUCGUAGCAUCUUCCUGUUCGGUCCUGUGGACGCAGAACAUACGCAGGGUCUGAUUGUUGGAUGGCCGGGCGGUAGGGUCAGAGACGGUCCGGCAGGAUGAAUUCUUUCCCGUCCAUGGACAGACACAUCCAGCAAACCAACGACCGCCUCCACUGCAUCAAACAGCACCUGCAAAAUCCAGCAAACUUCCAGACGGCGGCGACGGAGCUGUUGGACUGGUGUGGAGAUCCGCGAGCGUUUCAGCGGCCCUUUGAGCAAAGCCUGAUGGGAUGCCUAACGGUGGUGAGUCGCGUCGCAGGUCAGCAGGGUUAUGACAUGGAUCUGGGGUAUCGGCUGCUGGCCGUUUGUGCUGCAAACAGAGACAAAUUCACCCCCAAAUCAGCAGCGUUGCUGUCCUCGUGGUGUGAGGAUCUGGGUCGACUUCUACUGCUGCGUCAUCAGAAAAGCAGACAACCCGAUCCAUCUGUGGGCAAGAACCCGAUGCAGGCCAACAUCAACAACAUGAAACCGGCUCUAUCACACGGUGAUGCAUCAUUUCAAUAUGACUCCGUCUCCUGGCAACAAAACACCAAUCAGCCGCCGGGUUCUGUUUCCGUGGUGACCACCGUAUGGGGUGUGACCAAUACAUCACAGAGUCAGGUGUUGGGGAACCCCAUGAUGAACCCAAACAGUCACAUGAACCCUAUGACGGGAGGUAAUGGAGGUAUGAACCCUGGACAGUUUACUGGACACCAGCAGUUUUCCUCCAAGGCCAAUCCAAACCAGGCCUACAUGCAGCCGGGGAUGUACGGGAGAUCCAGCUACCCUGGAGGAGGAGGAUUCGGGAACAGUUAUGGGGGCGGUCCUAACCACACUGGUGGGAUGGGCCUGCCUGCACAGACACGCCCCCCUUCUGACUUCAGCCAACCAGCGGCCGCCGCCGCAGCUGCUGCUGUGGCUGCUGCCGCUGCUACAGCGACCGCUACAGCCACGGCAACGGUUGCCGCGCUACAGGAGACGCAACACAAGGACAUGAGCCAAUACGGUCCGAUGUGUUCCUCCUUUCAAAUGGGACCAAACCAGGCUUACAGCACUCCGUUUGUGAAUCAGCCCGGCCCCCGGGGGCCCCCUGCCCACCCUGGGGCCAUGAACGUGGGGCCGCCUCGGGGGCCGUACGGGGAUCAGAGGAUGCCCCAGCAGGGCUACGGGCCACGGCCAGUGCAGGGGGUGAAGAGACCGUAUCCUGGAGAGGGGAGCUACGGGCCGCAGUACGGACCAAACAGUCCGUUCUCCUCUCAGCAGGGUCAGUAUCCGAACCCUGCCCCCAGCAGAGGCCUCUCCUCACCUCAGAGACAGUACCAGAAGACCGGCAUGGGUGGGGAACCCAGCAAUAACUUCAGCACGGGAAACUUUCAUUACAGUGUGCCUCCGCGGUCGAUGGGAAGUUACCCUCACUCUCCGUUGCCGGGUGACCCCACGCCCCCCGUGACCCCAGGAAGUAAUAUGCCACCGUAUCUGUCACCAAACCAGGACAUGAAGCCCCCGUUUCCUCCUGAUAUCAAACCCAACAUUACUGCACUGCCGCCUCCUCCAGGUAACCCUAACGAGGAGCUCCGGCUGAAUUUCCCGGUUCGGGACGGUGUGGUUCUGGAGCCGUUCAGACUGGAGCACAACCUGGCCGUCAGUAAUCACAUCUUCCACCUGCGGCCCACCGUCCACCAGACGCUCAUGUGGAGGUCUGAUCUGGAGCUUCAGUUCAAGUGUUAUCAUCAUGAAGACAGACAGACGUACACGAACUGGCCGGCGUCGGUGCAGGUCAGCGUCAACGCCACACCGCUCACCAUCGAGCGCGGAGACAACAAGACUUCCCACAAACCCCUGCACCUGAAGCACGUGUGUCAGCCGGGCCGAAACACCAUCCAGAUCACAGUGACGGCCUGCUGCUGUUCGCACCUGUUUGUCCUGCAGCUGGUUCACCGGCCGUCGGUUCGAUCGGUGCUGCAGGGUUUACUGAGGAAGAGACUCCUCACCGCAGAACACUGCAUCGCUAAAGUGAAGAGGAGCUUCAGUAGCGUGGCUGUGUCUGUCGGUGAUGAUGGGGUGGAGCAGACGGCCAUCAGAAUCUCUCUAAAAUGUCCAAUCACGUUCAGGCGCAUUCAGCUGCCGGCGAGAGGCCACGACUGCAAACACGUGCAGUGCUUUGACCUGGAGUCCUAUCUGGAGCUGAACUGUGAGCGGGGCACAUGGAGAUGUCCGGUGUGCAAUAAAGCGGCUCUGUUAGAAGGUCUGGAGGUGGAUCAGUACAUGUGGGGGGUCUUGAACGCUCUCCAGAACUCAGAGUUCGAGGAGGUCACGAUAGACCCGUCGUGCAGCUGGAGGCCGGUGCAGAUCAAAUCUGAGCCGCACAUAAAGGAAGAUCCGGACGGGUUGAUGUCCAAGCGCUUCAAAACCACGAGCCCCAGUCAGAUGGUGCUGCCCAACGUGAUGGACAUGAUCUCUCAGCUCGGCCCGGGGGCGUCUCCGUACCCCAACCAGAACCUCCAGCAGCAGAACAGCAGCGCUAACCAGUACAACAGUCCAGGCAACAGUUUCCAGGGCCACAGCAAGUUUGGUGACUAUCCCCAUGGCAACGCUGCAGCAUCAUCAUCAUCAGUGAGUGAGUUCGUUCAGGGGCCGCACCUGUCUCACCCCCCCGGUGACCUUUCGACCUCUGAGAGCCUGACCCACACGCUACACGACAGCACGCCUCACCCCCUCAACACAGAGCAAUCCCACAAUCCCCUGCAGCACAGCAUGCAGAUGUUACAUCACAGCGGCCCGCCCCGAGCCUGCAGACCGCCGCCCAGCCAGCAGAGCUCCGCCCCCAGCAGCCACAUGCACCCAGACAUGACCUUUAACCCCGGGCCCAACCUGGAGGGUCAGUGUGGGGGUCAGAGCGGCGCAGACAUACGCGAGGCCUCCUUAGAUCUGCUGCCAGAGCUGAUGAAUCCAGACGAUCUUCUGUCGUACCUGGAUCCUCCAGACCUUCCCAGCAGCAACGACGACCUGCUGUCUCUCUUUGAGAAUAACUGAGACGUCAAACCCUCCAUAUCUGACAAACAGAAAUGCACUUACCGUCACUUCCUCUUCCUGUACAGACUACAGAUUUCAAAACCAGCAUGAACAGAUGGACGGACACCGACAAUAACCAAUAUUUCUGCUUCCAGAUACCUUGUUUUUAUCUGUCAGAAGGACAGAGAGCGUUUCGAAUAUCACUCAAUGUUUUUAAAACAUUAGUUAGAGCUGAAUUCAGUCUUUUCUACCACAUGAGAGUGAAACCAGUGUGGUAGCGUUUUUCUACUUGCUUUGAUUUUGAUACGAAGAACCACACAAACAUCCGUCCGCUGUCAUACUGUCUUCAUGUUACUCCUCCAUGUUUGUGUUCAUCAUUUUAAUGUUCAGCAGCGAUUCAGUGGCGAUUCUCAGACGUUCAAUAUAAGCACAGCUCUUAUUCAAAACAAAUCACAUUGUUUGGAAAUGUAAAGGGAAAAAGUGGAAAUCAAGCUCCAGCCGUGCAGUUAUCCGUCUAGUUCACUACGGUGUUAUUUUUGAGAAGCUCUUGUAAAUAUUUGUGAACGCAUUUGUUCUGAUUGGUCUUCCAUGUUUAUUCUGUCUGUGAGUAUUUGUUAUAAGAGUGUGAGAAAGACAUGGGCUGUGUUCAGAAUGCAAUACUAUACUGAACUAUACUGCAUACUACAGUAUUUUAUAUAUUGGCAAUGAAACAUAUUUACACAAAAGGUUGGGGUCUGUAAGGUUUCUUAAAGUUUUUGAAAGAAAUCUCCUCUGUUCACCAAGGAAGACCAUUUCUGCCGCAUAAGAAAAAAAAAUGCAUUGUUAAGUCAAAAAAUAAAAUUAUGACAUAUGGCAAUUAUGAGAUAAAAGAAAUUAUGAUGUCAUAAUUAUGAGAUAAAAAGUUGGAAUUAUGCCGAAGUCAUAAUUAUGAGAUAAACCAUGUGUAAUAAUGAUGUCAUAAUUAUGGGAUGAAAGUCAAAAUUAUGACAUAAGUCAUAAAUAUGAGAUAAAAUGUUUAAAUUAUGACUUGUCAUAAUUCUGAGAUAAAAAGUCAAAGUUAUGACAUACUAAGUUAAAAUGAUGACAUAAGUCAUAAUUAUGAGGAAAAGUCAAAAUUAUGUCAUCAUUAUGAGAUAAAAUGUCUAAUUUAUGACAAGUGAAUUAUGAGAUAAGUUGAAAUUAUAUCAUAAGAUAAAAUUUAAAAAUUAUGAGAUA